AUGCCCAAAAGGAAGACUGACGAAGCUUAUGUGUUGGACAAGAGCAAACAUCUUGCAAGGCUUAACAUUGCUGAGGCUGGAAAAUUUGUAAGAAGAAGAAAACAAGAACUGGAUGACACUCACUGUUUAACAGUGGCUGAUCACCUGCCUUCGCUGUUAGGUCUGAGACUAAGCCAGAUGACUCUUCAGAGAGGGUGGAAUAAUAACUCGAAACUCCUUGUGGUGAGUUAA